GGAAAGCCAUAUUUCCGUGGAAAAACACCGUGAAGUACUGCCGUCGAUUGAAACGAACGCUGUCUGCUGGGUGAAAGCGAAGAAAAGGCUCGAUCAGCUCGCGAAUGUUUGUCCCGAAUGAGCGUUUCCGUCGCGUUGAAGGCGCACCAGUCCCACGGGUUCGCGUGUACAUUUUUUUCCGCUCGUUUUCAAACUUUUUGAGCGCGUUUCAGUGCGAACCGGGAACGCGCAUGCGCAGUACCGGCGCGGCAGAACAGGCGGAUAUAAGGAUUGGCGCCGGCGCGACAGCUGAUCCAGUCAUUCAUUCUUCCUUCUUGGAGAAGCACAAGUCUCGGUCGCCACAACCAUGUCCAGACGCAGUGGUCGCAUCACCCUUCAAGCCAGAGACUCAAACACGCUCGAACCCACCAUCAGAGCGCCACUGAGAAAAAGGAAGUGCGAGCCCUCCAAGAAGAGUCAACCCACUGCCAAGAAACAAAGCUGCUAUGAAAUUCAGAAGUGUUGGUCAGAGGACGGAGCGAGUCCGUGCGUCCUCAUCGAAACGCCGCACAAAGAACUGGAACCCGCCGACCCAUCCAACUUCAAGCAGUACCGCUUCAAGAACCUCUUCAUCAAGGCUUCGCCCCUACCUUGUCUCAGUUGGGCCAGCUCGGAUGACGUGUGGAUCAAGAUGCUCAACAAGGAGCUCAAGUACGUUCACGACAAGAAUUAUAUGCAGCGGCACCACAAACUGCAGCCCAGCAUGAGGGCCAUUCUCCUGGACUGGCUACUGGAGGUGAGCGAAGUGUACUGCCUCCACCGGCAGACGGCUUACUUGGCACAGGACUUCUUCGACCGCUUCAUGCUGACCCAGGAGGACGUCAACAAGGACUACCUGCAGCUCAUCGGCAUCACCGCGCUGUUCAUCGCCUCCAAGAUUGAGGAGAUCUACCCUCCCAAAAUCGGCGAGUUUGCCUACGUGACGGAUGGCGCGUGUGACUCGUGGGACAUCCGGCGCACAGAGCUUCACAUCCUCAAGGCAUUAGACUGGAAUCUUUGUCCGGAGACUCCCAUCUCUUGGCUGAAGCUCUACGCUCAGGUGGAGGCACAGAAGGACGACGAAAACUUCCUGGUGCCACAGUUCUCGCAGGAAAUGUACAUCCAGAUCACACAGCUGCUGGAUUUGUGCAUGAUGGAUAUCCGCUCGUUGGACUUCAGCUACAGCGUCCUCGCCGCCGCCGCCUUCUGCCAUUUCUCCACCUUCGACAUCGUCAACAAAGUGUCCGGCCUGACGUGGGAAAGCGUGUCCGAGUGCGUGCGGUGGAUGAACCCCUUCAUGGACACGCUGCGUUCGGAGGCCAAACCUGAGCUCAAGACUUUUGCCAAGGUGAAGACCGAAGACAGACACAACAUCCAGACACACGUCACCUACUUGGACUUCCUGAGAAAAGCUCAAGAGCGCCACGUUCUGGAAGUUGCAGACUGCCCGCUAUCGCCAGUGGUUGCUGUGCCGCCCGUCUUGACUCCGCCCAGCAGCACGGAAAAACCAGCGAAUCACUGAGCGGGUGAGGAGGAUGACGUUGACAAAAAAAAAAAAAAAAACUGAAGAAGUUUAA